AUGGCCGAUCCAGUUGUUUUGAAGACUUUCUUCGACAAAGUUGAUAACCUUCAAGAUCAUUAUGUCGAGAGGUUGAGAGAAGCCGUGGCUAUUAAAAGUGUAAGUGCAGACGCUGCUUUCCGUGACGAGGUAUUUAAAAUGGGCCAGUGGCUAGUCGAGUUGUUCCAAAAAUUGGGUGUUAGUCACGAAUCAGUUGACAUAGGAACUCAAGUUUUGGAUGGAAAGACUAUAAAAUUGCCACCCAUCAUUCUCGGAACUUAUGGUAAUGAUCCAAAUAAAAAAACCAUCUUGAUUUACGGCCAUUACGAUGUUCAGCCUGCCCUGUUAGAGGAUGGGUGGAAUUCAAGCCCAUUCGAUUUGACUGAGACUCCGAAACAUCAGUUGAUCGGGCGAGGUUCCAGUGACGACAAAGGACCCGUCAUUGGAUGGCUUAAUGCUAUUGAAGCUCAUCAAAAAGCUGGUAUAGAGCUUCCCGUAAAUUUGAAAUUUUGCUUCGAAGGAAUGGAAGAAUCCGGUUCGGAGGGAAUGGAUGAAGUGAUCCUCAAAGAAUCAAAGCGCUAUUUCGUAGGUGUAGACGCGGUUUGCAUUUCGGAUAAUUAUUGGUUAGGUGUUACUAAGCCAUGUUUGACGUAUGGUUUACGUGGGAUUUCUUAUUUCAAAAUCACUGUUUCCGGACCUGGGAGAGAUCUUCACUCUGGUGUUUUCGGAGGAACCGUUCACGAGCCCAUGACAGAUCUUAUCCUGUUGUUUAGUAAAUUGGUGUCCCCUAGUGGUGAAAUAUUGAUCCCCGGGAUUAAUGAUGAUGUGGAGCCCUUAACUGAGAAAGAAAAUAAAAUUUAUGAAUCGAUCGAAUUUACUCUGGAUGAAUAUCACGCUGCCAUAGAAUCUAAAACCACAAUUCACGAUGAUAAAAUAAAGAUAUUACAGCAUCGAUGGCGUUUUCCUUCACUCUCGAUCCAUGGUAUUGAAGGGGCAUUCUCAGCACCCGGAAUGAAAACAGUGUUGCCCGCAAAAGUUAUUGGAAAAUUCUCAAUCAGAUUAGUUCCCCAUAUGGAACCCGAUCGCGUUAAUGCUUUGGUUGAAAAAUUCUUAACAGAGGAAUUUGCCAAGUUGGGAAGUAAAAACACUUUAAAUGUUGAGUGCGCACACGGAGCAAAGGCGUGGGUUGCCAGUCCUGAUCAUUGGAAUUAUGUUGCGGCUGCCAAAGCUGUCGAAAGAGUAUUCAAUGUACAUCCAGAUUAUACGCGCGAAGGUGGCUCCAUUCCUAUCACCUUGACUUUCCAAGACGCAUUGAACAAGAACGUUCUUUUGUUGCCGAUGGGAAGAGGCGAUGACGGAGCCCACUCGACUAACGAGAAACUUGAUCGUUCGAAUUAUAUUGAAGGUAUAAAGUUAUUUGGUGCAUAUCUACAUGAGGUCGCGGCUAUCAAAGCUGACUAG